CACACACAGCACCUUCCCUGCAAUCCGGCCAAGCCCUCCUUUCUUCUUCUCUGUCGUCUCGUCUCACCUUCGCAUUAUUUUACAUUUACCCCUACGCGUAUGCCUUCUUCGCUACAUAUAAAAAUCGUGAGAGAUUUAUUUAUUUUUUAUAAUUAUAGAAAGUUCCAGAGGGAGAAGAAGGCCGUGACCCAUUUGCCAGAUAUUAGAAGACGCCUACUCGCAGAUUGUACAGAGAAAUUGGAGGAUCGCUAGACUUGAGUGUGUGUGUGUGUGUGUGUGUGAUCGAUAGCCAGAUAGAAAAGAAAGCGAAUGGGGCCUGGAGCUGCAUUGACUGCGGCCGCGAAACAAGCUGAACGAUUGAGGAUUGAUGGAAACAACUAUUUCAAAAAGGACCGAUUUGGAGCUGCAAUUGAUGCUUAUACUGAGGCAAUUACGCUGUGCCCUAAUGUUCCCAUUUAUUGGACGAAUCGGGCUCUCUGUCAUCGGAAACGGAAUGAUUGGACGAAAGUUGAAGAGGAUUGUCGCAAAGCGAUUCAACUUGACCACAAUUCUGUGAAGGCCCACUAUAUGUUGGGACUUGCAUUACUACAGAAGAAUGAGUUAGCUGAAGGAAUAAAGGCAUUGCAAAAGGCUCUGGAUCUUGGUAGGGGUGCAGGCCCAAACGGUUAUAUGGUAGAAGAGAUCUGGCAUGAGCUAGCAAAAGCAAAAUACAUGGAAUGGGAGCAAACAUCUACUAAGCGUUCAUGGGAACUACAAAGCUUGAAAGAAGCCUGUGAGAAUGCUCUUAAGGAAAAACAUUUCCUUGAUAGUUCUGAGACAGAAGUAUUCUUGGAUGAGACAAUUGCCCCCCAUUUGAAGCAACUGGAGGAUUUAGGACAAGUGUUUGAGAAAGCCGUAGAAGAUGACACACCAACAGAGGUGCCGGACUACCUAUGUUGUAAAAUUACGCUUGAUAUAUUCCGUGAUCCUGUGAUUACUCCAAGUGGGGUUUCAUAUGAAAGAGCAUUUAUCCUUGACCAUCUAAAGAAGGUGGGCAAGUUUGAUCCAAUCACACGAGAACCACUUGAUCCAUCACAGCUAAUUCCAAAUUUUGCCAUGAAGGAAGCAGUCCAAGCAUAUCUUGACAAACAUGGUUGGGCUUACAAGAUGGAAUGAAUUUGAUUGUUGGGGGUUUACUCAAAAGAGAAGUUAAUAUUUGAGCUUCAAUGACUGAGGAACUAAUAGCAGGAGGGCAGACUAAUUCUCUCAAACUUACGGUAGCAUCUCUCACGUGCAUCAUCAAUCACGUCUGGUAUGUAUUUUUUUUUUAGGCUUGUGGUUCAAAGUGUGAAUGUGAUGCCAUGAUCAUUGUGUAUGAGAAGUCUGUAAUCUUUUGAAUUGUACAGUUAUUGUGGUCAUAUAAUUAUAUUGCAUCAGUUGCUGAUUGUACAUAAA